AUGUCAUCCCAAGACGAUGCUUCACAGGAGCCGGUGCGACAAGACACGCUGACUGUCGACCAGUCUGUCUCUUUGACCAUCGGCACCGACUCGCUCCUCAUACUUGAUGACCGUCCGGCCAAAACAGAUCGUCGCUGCUGCGGAUUACUCCAGUCUAAACAAGAAACCAACCAUUCCAUCUCGUUAUACAACAUCCUGGGCGCCGAAGUCACCGCUUCCAAUCUCGUCAUCGCCUAUGCACAGACUGCUGCCAAGGACGAUGUUUCCGUGACGACCGUCCAAUACCCAAUCUCUGAAAAAGAAAAGAGAGUCGUCGAAACAUGGGUAUGCCAACUACUUGAUGUGGCGUAUGGCAAGGCACUGCGCGGUAAACGACUGAAGGUAUUGGUCAACCCUUUUGGUGGGAAGGGAACAGCUGCGAGUUUGUACCAGCGACAUGCGGCGCCGGUCUUUGCCGCGGCCAAGUGCCAGGUGGAUGUACAAAACACCGAAUACAGGGGUCAUGCAAUUGAAAUUGCAGAAAAUCUCGAUCUCGACGCCUACGAUGCGGUCGUUUGCUGCUCUGGCGAUGGCUUGCCCUACGAGGUGUUUAAUGGAUUGGGCAAGCGACCAGAUGCUCGAAAAGCGCUAGCGCAAACCGCCGUUGCGCUGCUUCCAUGUGGCUCUGGAAAUGGGCUGACAUGGAAUGCUUUCGGAACUGGUAGCGUCUCUAUUGCGGCGCUGGCAAUUGUCAAGGGGCUGAGAACUCCGCUGGACCUAGUCUCGAUCUCCCAGAAAGAUUCGCGCACGCUCUCUUUCCUUUCGCAAUCUUUUGGCAUCGUCGCCGAGUGUGAUUUGGGUACUGAGAACAUCCGCUGGAUGGGCGCUCAGCGAUUCACAUACGGUUUCCUGGUCCGUUUGAUGCGGCAGACUAUCUGGCCUUGUGAUAUAGCCAUCAAGGUGGAAAUUGGCGACAAGGAGAGAAUCAAGGAACACUACGCUGCGUGGUGUGCACGUCCACAGGACUUGGAAGCUGACAGCAAACGUCUCGAAAUCGCGGCAGAGUCCCCAGGCCUACCAGAGCUCAAGUACGGCACAGUGACGGACGAGCUGCCCGAGGGGUGGGAAGUAAUUUCGGGAGAGACUAUGGGCAAUUUCUACGCGGGAAAUAUGGCUAUCAUGUCGAAAGACACAAAUAUGUUCCCUGCGACAUUGCCGGACGACGGCCUGAUGGAUGUGGUCACUAUCGACGGAACAGUCAGUCGUGGUACAGCGCUUAAUAUGAUGACCGAAAUCUCCAGUGGUCGCUUUUUCGACAUGCCAGACCUUAAUCUCCGCAAAGCGUCUGCAUUCCGUCUAGUUCCCCACCAGAACGAAGGCUACAUCAGUAUUGACGGUGAACGGGUGCCCUUCGAGGCAUUCCAGGCCGAGAUCCACCAAGGGCUAGGCACGAUACUCACCAAGUCGGGCCGUUUCUAUGAGGCGGAAGGUCCUCGCUAA